UACCAGUAAAGUGAGGCACAUUUUUAAGCCCAAGAUUAAAACGGUAUAUGGGAUAUUUGGAAAUUAGAAGCAUACACUUAUAUCGAAGUAUUAAGAAAUAAGAUUCGAUCGAAGAACAGCGAGUCACAAAUUCCGCCGGCUGCGCUGUAUUCGACGCACUUUAGCCUGCGGAUUGGGGGCUGUUUCGGCUGUAGGGGUUGCCGUUCGCAUUUGUGGAGGAUAUAUGAAGUAAGCUAUCCCCCAGUUGGCCCGAACACAGGAAAUACAAGAAUGUCAACACGCUCCACCAGGAACAGCGUCAGGACAAGUCCGGCGGCGCAGCCCCUCAACAAGAGCUUCGUGAGCGGCGGCCAGGUGGCGCCGCCCAGCCAGGUCCCCGUGGUCACGUACUCCACCACGGAGCAGCCGCCUGCAGCCAUGGCCGCUACUGCCGUCCCGAAGCAGGAGCAGCCAGCUGCUGAUGACGUCAACAUGGCCGAGGCGCCCGCUGCCGUAGCACCGGCUGCGGACGGCGAGGGCGCGAAGAACGGCGACAAGGUGGCCCGCAUGCCCUGGAUGAAAGUUCAGAAAGCGCCCGGGGCUCGGCGCAAGCCCAACAAGCAGCUGAUCCAGCGCCGCCUGCGUAAACACCUGACGCCGAAGAACGCCACGGUGGCGCUGCAGGAGAUCCAGCCGGGCGUCACGUACCAGUUCUCGGCCAUGCCGGGCAGCGCGCCUGGCGUGUUCACUGCUGAGGUAGAGGUCGGCGGCAAGAAGUUCCACGGCGUGGGCAGCAACAAGUCGCUGGCGCGCGCCGCCGCCGCCGAGCUGGCUCUGCAGUCGUUCGUCAAGCCGCCGACGCGCACCAAGGACGAGCAGGGCCACGAUGUGGUGCAGGAUGAUACGCCCUGGGGCGCGCUCGCCUCGUUCGCGCUGCACAAGCUGUUCUGCGACUGGCGGCGCGGCGUGGUGGGCGCGCCACUGAGCGUGCAGGGCGCCGCGCUGCCGGCCGUCGCCGCCUCCUGCGCCGCCUCGGCCGCCGCCGCCGCCAAGUUCACGUCGGACGCGCCCGGCGGCGCCACCUUCCAGUCGUUCAGCGUGCCGCCGAUGGACCCGCCUCCGGGGCCGGGCGAGCCGCCCAAGAAAGUCGGCUGCAAGAAGCCGAAGGCGCUGCCGGAGGACGCCGCCAAGCGCCACCCAGUGCAGCUGCUGCACGAGAUGAAGGCGCGCGUCCACUACGAGACGCUCGAGCACAACAUGCCGAAGCCGGGCACCCAGGAGACCAGCUUCACGGUGGCCGCGUUCGUCGACGAGCAGUCUUGGCAGGCGAGCGCUCGCACCAAGAAGCUGGCCAAGUACGAGGCCGCUAAGAAGGCGAUGACUGCGCUGUACGGCGUCGCCUACGAGUAGACUAAAUGGGGGCGACGGGCCGGCGCGGGGCUGCGCCUGCUCGCGCGUGGUGAGGUGACGCCGCCGGGCCGCGUCACACCUCGGCCCGCCCACCCGGUCUUAGGCUUCUGCAGUCCAUGUCCACGGGCAACUAGAGUACAAUGCGAUUUUUGUGUUUUGCCCGAAGACAAAGCAGGACUGCAUUCGGGCGCUCCAUGUUAAACCGACACAGGCAGAACGCCUCCUCGUUAGCUCGCGGCUCGUCCUCCGAGACGGAGAUAGGGUGCAAUUUUAUUUUAUUUGUGACAUCUGGACGACAUUCAUGUCUAGCAAGUAAUAAUGACGAUAGGCAUGAACCGUGGUAUCCUAGGUGAUCUAGGUAAAAAUAGCUUUCUGCGGACAACAGACGCAGUUGUCAGCAGAAAAUUUGCCUGAAUGGCCUAAGUCAUAGAUCUUGAGGGGAAUUAUGUUCCCGCUGUUAUUACGUCUAAGCUGCGUUUUUAGCGUUCAAAUUUGCGCAACAGGCCAGCGCGAACGACACGGAAGCUGAUGCGAUCUUGCGCGCGGAGUUCUGUGACGUUUAAAGACCCUGAUCAAAUUGUGCAGCAUAGUUCAGCGUGCGGUAAUGUUAAUUUGACGCCUGCUGCCUGUGUUGGUUGGCCAUGGACUGUCCCGUUUUUGUUUUUGUUUUUUGAGACAGACCUCGCUGCCUCAUUUCCCAUCGCCAUCAGUCUCCUGGUUGGCACGAGUACCAGGGUCGUCCGCCAGCUCACCGCUAUUGUCUUUAGAUAUAUGUUCUGCGUGUGGCCGUGCGUGCGCGCCGGCGGGCUCUACUUCAGAGUCCGCCGGUGUACAGGUAUCCCCGUAUCCGUUGGGCCUUCGCGUUCCGAAUGCCAAUCCGUCGCCUCGCUGUCCGCAUCAAAACACCGGGACCGGCUCCGGGUGCUCUGUUCGUAUAUGUUCGUGCGGUCGGUGCAGCGUGUGAUCUGCUCGCUGACGGCGUGGCCAUCGUAUAAAAUAUACACAGCCUCACACACAAG